AUGCCAGCCAUACGCCACUCCUCGAAGCGCAAGCCCCCGCCAGAGGGCUUCAGCGACAUUGAAGACGACCUGCUCAUCUUUGCCAACAAGAUGAAAGACGCGCAGAACAAGCCGCCGCCGCCGGGCCCCAAGUACAAGGCGCAGUGGGAGGUGUUCCAGAUUUCGCAUCAGCGCAGCCGCUACGUCUACGAGCUCUACUACGACAAGGAAGCCAUCAGCAAGCAGCUGUACGACUGGCUGCUGAAGAAUGGCUACGCGGACGCAAUGCUCAUUGCCAAGUGGAAGAAGCAAGGCUACGAAAAGCUAUGCUGCCUUCGCUGCGUCCAGACGAAAGAGACCAACUUCAACAGUACAUGCAUCUGUCGCGUGCCCCGCGCGCAGCUGAAAGAAGACCAAAAAGAAAUAGAAUGCAACAGCUGCGGAUGCCGAGGUUGUUCUUCUGGCGACUGA